GCUCUCUCUUCGGAGCGUUCUCCUCUUUUCGCGUCGCCAUGGAAAGGGUUCUGAGGCCCGCUUGUCUGCUGCUGCCUGGGCUCCGCGAGCAAGGGAUUUCUCCGCUGGAAAAAACCCAGGAGUAGGAGGGGUGAAAGAGGACUCACAGGGGAGGAUAGGGGACAGUGGGCGGGGAAUAGCGGGAGCAGAAAGAAUCAGAGAGCGAGAGAGAGCGAAGGGAGGAAGGCGAGAGGGAAAGGAGAAAGGCAUCCUCGUCCUCACUGAUGCUGAGUCACAUAACGGGAUCCCAGAGCUGUACCCCGAGAGUCUUUGGGAAUAAUGGAGGAGUUGGAGCACACCUGCCCCCAUCCUCGGACGACUCUGACAGAGCCCGCCAUAUUUGCCAAGGAGACCAGCUGUGACUGCAGAGCCCCCCAUGAGCGCCUCACCAUCAAGCAGGCCUGCAGAGGAACCCCUGUGGACAGGCCGGUCAGGGUGUACGCCGAUGGCAUCUUCGAUCUGUUCCACUCGGGUCAUGCCCGCGCUCUCAUGCAGGCCAAGAACCUCUUCCCCAACACGUACCUGAUCGUAGGGGUGUGCAGCGACGAGCUCACGCACAAGUACAAGGGCUUCACGGUGAUGGACGAGUCGGAGCGCUACGAGGCGCUACGCCACUGCCGCUACGUCGACGAGGUGGUGAGAGACGCGCCCUGGACCCUCAGCCACGACUUCCUCCACAAACACAAGAUUGAUUUCGUGGCCCACGACGACAUCCCGUACUCCUCAGCCGGCAGCGAGGACGUCUAUAAACAUAUCAAGGAGGCGGGCAUGUUCGUGCCCACCCAACGCACCGAGGGCAUCUCGACCUCUGACCUCAUCACCCGCAUCGUGCGGGACUACGACGUCUACGCCCGACGCAACCUCCAGCGUGGCUACACCGCCAAAGAGCUCAACGUCAGCUACAUCAACGAGAAGAAGUACCGGCUGCAGAAUCAGGUGGACCGCAUGAAGGAGAAGGUGCGCACCGUGGAGGAGAAGAGCAAGCACUUCGUGUACCGCGUGGAGGAGAAGAGCCACGACCUCAUCCAGAAGUGGGAGGAGAAGUCUCGCGAAUUCAUCGGUAACUUCCUAGAGCUCUUCGGGCCCGACGGGACAUGGAAACAGGUGUUCCAGGAGCGGAGUGGUCGCAUGAUCUCCUACGCCCUGUCGCCGCGCGGCUCGCCCUGCAGCAGCCCCCCGCGGGAACACUCGCCCCUGCGCUCCCCGUCGCCGCCGUCCCCCUCGGCCCGCUGGCACAGCGCCCGCCCCUCCCCGCCGCCCUCCCCAAAGGGGGCGUCGGCCUCCAUCAGUAGCAUGAGCGAAGGGGACGAGGAUGAGAAGUAGGCACCGCCCCCUGACCCCCCCCCCCACCCCACCCCACAAACACAUUGACACGCGUAACACACGCCCACUCACCAUACACUGCCCCCCCUCCCCCCACACCCAAAGACUUCUCUUUUACACACACACACACACACACACUUAAAUCCUCACUCACACACACACACACACACACACACACACUGGAAACAAUGUCUUGUUGCUGAGGCCUGUUGGCCAGCAGGCAUUGUGGGAAAUGCACUUCUGUCCUGCAGGUGGAGAGGGACAAUCUCAAAGAAGCCAUCUCAGCCUCUGUUGCCGGGGGCGACGGAGCGGACCAAUAGCCAAGGGAGAGGAGGAGGAGGGAGGGGGGGGGGCAGGGGGAGGAGUUAGAAUCGAUCAAACCAGUUUAUUAGCUUAGGCAUCCAGGAGUUAUAUGCGGUCUAGAAUGUCUCGACUCCGGCUGUGGGCUGCUUUGGAUGGGAGGGGUUGGUGUCACCUGCCUGAAGCAGCCUGCUCAUCACAGAAAAAACACUCAUCUCUUUUCUGUCCCUCGUACGUUUGGGUCAGCUGUUGUUCAACCUUCAAUUGAAUAUGGAGGCGUUUUGUUUUGGUUACCUGCCACUGACUGUGAUAGAGACAUGGUGGUGGUGAGUACACACAAACCAUCAUUAUGGAUGUGAUACACGUUGUGCAGCAAGCAAUACUCACGCACAUGUCGUGCUCUGUUCUCGAGAAUGUCACAUUGUUUGUGUAUGUUACGCCUCGUCAUAAAACACUGCCCCCUACAGCAGCCGAGGGGUCCCUGCACCCCCUCCACUCACCUCCAUUCAUUUGGAAUGGCUCAGCAUUGAAAACAAUGUUAACAGGUACACAACCAAGGGUUCCUGAUCUCCAGUUGGACAGUAGCGGUACAUUGUAUGGAUUUAACCACUUUUCCAGCCCCCCCAUCCCCCUAAGUUUUGAUAGAAUGCUAAAUUUCAAAUAUCUCUCCAAUAGGAGGAAAGUGUAAAUAUUAUUAUUAGUGCCUAAACCCGCACGGCUCUAGUGUGAAACAAUAAAAAGCUUAUAAAUGUUCAAACUGUUAAUAAUCGUGAGCUUGUGUGUAGUAACAGGGUGUAGGAGGGAUCUGAUCACAGGCCUGCAGGAGCCUCACGGAACAAAAGAACGAAAGAAGACGUGACCUCAUUUAGUAUUCAGACGCCAGAGCCCCGCCCAUAGCGCUCAUACGCUCACGUUCAAAUCAAAAAAAGGAAAUAAACUGAUUGAAUAUCGGUUGGUCACAUAAGGUAUCAAUGGCCUUGGGCCAAACUUCCAUAAAUUGCCAGUAUUUUUCAAUGAUUUAAUCAGAAGCCUGUUCCUGUUUUAAACGUGUCCCUCACCUGCUUAUCCAGUUUCUCCCAAAACAUUCCCAACAAGAGAAGGCAACACAGACAUUGCUCUGAUUCUAAAACGGUACAACGGACUACACUUGAAGUACAUUAGAUGAGCUUUACGUUAGAUAACUCAAAAACUAAACGUCACACAUCACUGUACUUCCUACUUUGUAUUCUUUCUUUUUUUUAAGCAUUAUUUAAAUGUAAUUUAAGCAUUUCCUCCUGGUCUGUCCAUAGUGGCCCAUGGUCGAUCACCCAUCGCUCCUCUUCGCUCGCUGCCCCUACUGGACAAACCCUGUACUGGCCUGUUUGCUUGUCUGUGCCCCCGCUGUACUGUAUGUGCUCCAAUACAGUGGACAUAUAUUUCCUUUUUUGGAAUGUGUGUGUUUCGUUUUUCUCUUUUUUAGAUAUACAAUUUCAGGCGGCUAUAUGUGAAUACAAUAAAAAAAAUGAAUACCCGAAUGUAAACAAAUGUUUUUGGGGGCAUUGUUAUUCCCAUGAUAAGACCAACGAAGGGAAGUGAAACCCAGAGGUGUAAAACACACUUUAUUGCCAUUCCUUUUGAUAUAGGUUUUGACACUAUAGGUAAGGCAUGGUCAUGCUGAAUCUGGUAUAAACAUGUAUGAAUAUAUACGUUUACGAGCUAUUGUUCUUUCUUAUGUCAUAACUGUCAUUACUGCAUGGCUUCCAAAGCACACCAAGUAUUUCCAACACCAUUGUAUUCUUGUCGUAGUCACUUGGAACACGUUUUAUUUCUAAUCAACACAGAGUGCACUGCAUACUGUUGGGAUGAGGUUAGGGAACGUCAUAUAUAUAUAUAUUAUAUAUAUUCUCCUCCUAUUCCAGGUAUGAAACGAUUGGGAAGCUGGGUUCAGUUACGAGAGGAACAGAAAACGCCCGUCCUUGCGUGCGCCGUCCCUGUGGCUGUGGACGGGCGGGGGAGUGGGUACGUCUCAAACGUACGGGGUUCAUGUGGUCGGAGAGGGGAACAACCAGAGAGUGGGGAACAGCAGGGCUCAGUCCAACAGGUUAUGGAGAUCCUUUGGUAUGACCCGGUCUAACCCUAACCCUAGCCCCGGGCCGAGGGGGAGACAUUGGCAGGCCGGACGCCUCCGGCACAAAGGGAGGGAGAGAUGGGCUUUCAAAAGCGUCUUUCAUCAAUCGGAUUUGGUGCCGAUUUAAUUAAUGGCAUAGAUUAUGCAAUUCUUCCUUGCCCUUUUCUGCCAACAAUUAAAUCUUAGCAACAACACAAUGGAUUCAAUACAGAAGAAAAAAUAAACCUUCUUCGGAUCCCGAAGACAAUGAAACGGUUCUUCAUGACAAAAAUAAAACCUAUAAAAGGGUUCCAUGUCUGAGACGUGGAGUCUACGUUCCUUCCUCUGUUCCACUGAGAGAGAACGGAAUCAGUACUCAACAAAUCAACACAAGCUUUGUUCAACUCCUGCACCGACCGCUGGUAACACAAAGGAUCCGGACAAGGGGUCCUGACAGGAAGAGACGGGUUACAGCCAGCACCACUGUAGGCCUGGUCUGUCUGUCUGUCUGUCUGUCUGUCCGUAGGGGGAGGGGGGAGCCAUUAUCCACAUCUAAGAGGGAAUAGCACUGCCAAUAAAAGUCUGGGAUAAUUUGUUGUCUCUCUAGGGAGAGUAAUGAUACCUACAUAGUACCAGUACCUAGUACCAGUACCAGUACCUAGUACCAGUACCUAGUACCCAUACCUAGUACCAUACCUAGUACCCAGUACCAGUACCCAGUACCAGUACCCAGUACCUAGUACCAGUACCUAGUACUGCCGAGGCAGUAUGUGGGGGUGACUGGGGUCCUCUUGAGGGCAGGUCCAGGGCUUUGACAAGCGUCCAAUCAGGAGCUUCCCUGAA